GCUCUGGUGCAGGGUCUGGAGGGAGAUCUCCUCGUGCUUGACUUGAACCGGCGACAGUUUGGGGAAGCUGGGGGAGACAGGGCGAGAAUGCCGCGAGGCGGAUCGGAAUGCAAGGGUGCUGUGGGGGCUGAGCGGAUGUUGGGCCCAUCUGAUGGCCUUGUAACGCUCAUAAUCCUGCUCAAUCGAUCGAGGCGUGUGAUUAGGGCACAGUUGUUGUUUGCAGGCGAUGAUGAGAGCAAAAGGACCGUCAGUGAGGUAGACGUCGACGAGGUCCUUGGAGUUGAAGGCGUGAACAAAGCCUUGACAUGCAGCCACGUUGGAUGGGGGAAGGACGGGGAGGCUGGCUUAUAUACAGGGGAAGAUGAGGGCAGGCUGUGCACACUGGUCCAUGCACAGCUGAUAGUGAUGCAUCCAUAUCAGGUUCAGUUCAGCUGGUUUGUGGUUCUAACCUGGGUUUAG